AAGUACUCUGAUUUUUGCUUCUAUUCACAUAAUUUCUCCCAGUAUAUAUUUAGUCAAAACUUACCAACGUUGAAUAUUCAUUUCUUCUGCUUUCUUUCAUUUCAUUUCAACCUUGAAUCGUUAGAACAAUGCUUCAACUUGAAGUGCUUCUUCUCUAUCUCUUACCCGUUCUCUUGUUAAUCCUUCCCAUAAUACUCUUCUUCUUAUCAAAACCAAACAAGAAAGAAAAACCACUUUCUUCAUCUUCAAGCAACAACAACAUCACAAUCCCAAAAUCAUACCCACUUAUCGGCUCUUACUUAUCUUACAAAAACAACUUACACCGCCGCAUCCAAUGGCUCUCCGACAUCGUCCAAAUCUCCCCCUCCGCCACUUUCCAACUCGACGGCGCCUUAGGUAAACGCCAAAUCAUCACCGGAAACCCAUCCACAGUCCAACACAUUCUCAAAAACCAAUUUUCCAAUUACCAAAAAGGCACAUCCUUCACAAACACCCUCUCCGAUUUCUUAGGAACCGGAAUCUUCAACACCGACGGCCAAAACUGGAAGUUCCAAAGACAAGUCGCAAGUCACGAAUUCAACACCAAAUCAAUCCGUAACUUCGUAGAACACAUAGUCGACACUGAACUCACCAACCGAUUGAUCCCGAUCCUCAACUCAUCGUCCCAAACAAACCAAAUCCUCGACUUCCAAGACAUUCUCCAACGUUUCACUUUCGACAACAUCUGCAAAAUCGCGUUUGGUUUUGAUCCCGAGUAUCUAACUCCGUCAGCGUCAACUAACCAAACAAAAUUCGCUCUAGCAUAUGAAGAUGCAAUGGAAAUAAGCUGCAAACGUUUUCGUUUACCGUUACCAAUCAUAUGGAAAAUCAAAAAAUACUUCAACAUAGGUUCCGAGAAGCGUCUCAAGGAAGCAGUUACAGAAGUACGAGAAUUCGCGAAAAAUAUAGUACGAGAAAAAAAACGUGAGUUAGAAGAAACAUCAUUGCUUCAAACAGAAGACAUGUUAUCGCGUUUUUUAAGUUCAGGCCAUUCAGAAGAAGAGUUUGUUACAGAUAUGGUGAUAAGUUUUAUAUUAGCAGGGAAAGAUACAACUUCAGCUGCAUUAACAUGGUUUUUCUGGCUAUUAUGGAAGAAUCCACGUGUUGAGGAAGAGAUAGUGAAGGAAGUGAGUAAAAAAUCCGAGUCGUUGGUUUAUGAUGAAGUGAAGGAAAUGGUUUAUACGCAUGCGGCGUUGAGUGAGAGUAUGAGAUUGUAUCCGCCUGUGCCGACGGAUAGUAAGGAAGCUGUGAAAGACGAUGUUUUACCGGAUGGAAGGUUUGUGAAGAAAGGGAUGAUAGUGACUUAUCAUGUGUAUGCGAUGGGGAGGAUGAAGAGUUUGUGGGGGGAUGAUUGGGCUGAGUUUAGGCCGGAGAGGUGGUUGGAGAGAGAUGAGGUGAAUGGGAAAUGGAUUUUUGUGGGGAGAGAUUUGUAUUCUUAUCCGGUUUUUCAGGCUGGGCCUAGGGUUUGUUUGGGAAAAGAAAUGGCUUUUAUGCAAAUGAAGAGGAUUGUUGCUGGGAUUGUUGGGAAGUUUAAGGUGGUGCCUGUGGGGAAAAUGGAUGAACAUCCUGGUUUCAUUUCUUUUUUGACUUCGCAGAUGGAAGGUGGGUUUCAUGUCACCAUUCAGAAGAAGGUUCCUUGACUGAUUCAAGGUUGGUAGCAUCAUUCACGUUAAUUAUUAAUAGUAAUUGAUAGAAGAAUAAAGCAAAUAAAGUUGACUUGUUUGUUUGCUUUAAUGUUUAGAUUAUUCUACAAUCUAGAGGCUUGAAUUUUAGGAUUGAAUAUGUAUACAGUACGUAUGAUAUAGCACAUUUGGUUUUGUUUGUUUGUCGGCUGUCGUUGUUGGAUGUUGCUUGAGGGAUGGUGUCAUGUUUUAUUUAUGGUAAGUACUUGGAGUUUGAUAAACACUUUGAUAGAAGUUUCAUUGAAUUUGUAUUCAUCAUUCAUUUAUUUAUUACUGUUUAAUUUUCUGAAUAUUAAUUUAUUUUUAAUGUAUUUAUAUUUGAAAUAAAUUUAAGAGUAUUGAAAUUUAAUAAAACACUCAUAUUCUCACCACACCCGACCAAUACCAUUACACUCCAACAUGUAUAAACACAUAAUUUAUUUUAAUUAAAAUACAUAAUAAUUAAAUAAAUACACAAACAAUUCAAUUAAAUCAAUUAAUUGAAUUUGAAGUGUUACACACCCCGUUUAAGCCCAUCCAAAAGUGGGGUAGGACGGACCAACUUAAACGUCCGAGCUCAAAAGUUAAAUUAGUCAUGUUUGCUAACGAGUUGGCGGGUCGGCCUUAGCCGCGCUCCCGCCCCGUUUUUAAAGUGGAUUAGUCAGGACGUGUCAACUUAAGGCACUAAGCCAAAAUCCGUAGUCCAAUCCGUCAAAAAUGAUGGGUCUAACGGGUCAGUCCCGCCGUUUUGCCACCCUUAGGGAAAAUGAGGGACCGCCUACUCCUUGAAAAUGGCUCAGAAUAUUUCCUACUCUAAAUUAUUAUAUUUUUUACUAUUUUUUUCUUCUAUUAUUAUUUUAAAAAUCAUUUAAAAAUGUAAAUAUUUAUAUUUUAAUAAUUUUGUUAUUAUUUUUUAAACAUUAUAAUAUUGUAUAUAUAAUAAAAACAAACAAACUUUCAUGCAAACUUAAGAGUGCCAUGCAAAGUUAUAGAUCCACAUGUCAACUUUACGACAUACGUACUCCAAACAAACAUAACUGUUAAUAUCCAACAAACAACGAAGGCCACAGGAGUGAAGAAAUUCCUUCAUCGAUCAAACUGCAGAAUCAAAGUAAAAAAAGCAAAGCCGAAGACACAAAUUAUAUAUCCUUCAUUACACCU